CAACUAAUACCAAUGUAACCAUACUUUUCGCAAGAUAUAACCUGAUCUCCUUAUCUUGUCCGGAGGACAAUUUUGUUCUGAAACUCGAGGAAAUUACUAUGGGAAAUUCGCAAAAUUGACCUUCGAUAUCCACUUGAUCACGAUCCGGCGACGAGUUCUCUGAAGCUGGGCUGCAGCCACCUGACCAGACAUGCACAAUGUGAGACAACAUACAGAAUUGGGAGCGCGGCGUCAUCUCCUUUUGGGAUCCUUGCCCUCCGUUUCCUUUUGCAACACGAAGCCUUGUUUCGAGGACCCGGCUUCUGUUCCGCUCCACCAUCUAUCCUACAAGCAAUUCUGGGCCUUUAAUGCAGCUUCCUUUUCUAUUGAGACAGAUUCCUUUUACUCCCACUCUUCCUCGCUGGCAGCGUCAAUCACUUGCCUACCACAGGCAGGUCCAGGCCACCAUCAUCCAGCAGUCACAAUCCCACUCUUUGACGGAACUGCUGUAGCACCUCCGGACAUUUUUCGAAAUGCGCAACAGCUCCCAGCUAUUAAGCUCAUGCCCAUAUCCUGCCCGCUUGACCAGGUACUCCGACCGCCCUUUCCGCCGUCGCCGGUCCAGAACGUCCUCAACUUGAAAAUAGUCGCCGUUUUGAACCUCUUGAACCGUGGAAGUCACUCUUGAAGGGCGAGCGCGCGCCGUCGAGGAAGCCUGCUCUGCUGUUGGUUUGCGCCGCUGGGUUUCCGGUGUGUAGUGAUCUCGUCCAUGAAUCGUACAAGGGUUCCACGUGAACUGCAUCUGAAAGUUCGCUACCCCGUCCACCAAAACGCGCUUGAGGACCGCGUCAAGUGGCCAUUCCUCAAAGCUUGCGGAAGCGACCUCGACUGUCUCCUCUUCCAAAACGGACCCCGCUGAAGAUCGCGGCUUGGAAAUGCUGCGCUGACUUUGGCGGCGC